CCUUACACUCCGUUUGUCUCUGUUAAUAUUCCAAGGCCCAAAACCGUUUCGCUCAUGGCUUCCUCUUUAGCCGAACAUGACCAUCAGUUCGAUUGAAUCAUAAGGCCAAGGAAACUCGCUUCCCUAAACCUCUAAACCCGGAUGUCUCUCGACUCUGGCAAAAAAUCCUUCUUACCUUCCGCUUUACCGUCUUCUUAUCAGUCUCUUGAACGGUCAUAUAUGAAAUCCAGAGAUAUGGCGUUGAUCUUAGUCGCCGGAGUGAUGGGCGCCGCUGCAUACGCCACUGCAGUUCGUCUAUUUGUCAGCCGCCGAAAAUACCGCUCGCCGCCCUUCGGUGCCGACUUGGAAAUUAAUGGGGCACCGAAACAUUCACUGAGGAGCCCAUUUGAUCCGUCCAAACGGGAAAGUUAUUUGUCGUGGGAUGAUUAUUUCAUGGCUAUUGCGUUCCUGUCUGCAGAACGCUCCAAAGAUCCCAACAGGCAGAGGAAGUUAUGGAAAUCCACUGAUGAACCUGUUCUUCUGUUGGCAUAUGAUUUUUCCCGCAACCUCACACUUCUCCAAGGAAGUUAUGGAAAUCCACUGAUGAACCUGUUCUUCUGUUGGCAUAUGAUUUUUCCCGCAACCUCACACUUCUCCAGAUGCGUCUUCUUUCCUUUUUUGUUCUUGUUUUCACUUUUUUUUACACAGGUUGCACAAUCACACUGAUAUAUAUUUCUUUGGUCGUUGUUGUCUAGCCAUUCACGUGCUUACUUUGAAAGAAGAUGUGGUUUAGUUCUGUACUGCCAUGGUUGCAGUAUCAAAUGCUUUCAAUUAAGAUUUUGUGUGUGCACUUAAUUUAGGAGGCAAAAUAAAAUUUCUUUACUGCACACUAGGUGCUUGUGAAUAUGUCUAAAUGAUAUUUUAGACUCUUUUGUGUUCACUGCAUGCUUAUGAAAAACAUAUUAAUUCACCAUCCAACAAGUAAGAUGAAUAAGGCCAAACAAUGAUGUCCUAUAGAAUAACUAUGGCGAAGUUUGGGAUAAACUGUUUAUGUUUGAGGGACUGGUUUACUUUUAGGAUAUAGUGGGAUUUGGAUUUGAGAUUGUUAAAUGAUUUGGCCAAUGCUUUGAGGUGUAAAUUUUCAGAUCAUUAGUUGCUUCCUUGUUGCCUUCGCUUUCAUUACAUGGCCAAUUAGUUCCUCAUUUGUUGCCAAUCAAAGAACUCCAAACGUUUCCUUGCAGUAAAUAAUUCCUGGGAAGGUAUCUAUUAGGAUAUACUAAAGUAAAUAGAUGCAAUUGAAAGAAUGUUCUACUCUUGAAGUAUGUUUAUGUCUACUGAAGUAAUUUUUAAUAGAGUCCACUCCAGCGAAUUUUAUAGUAGAAAAAAUGGUUCAGAAAAUCAAACUUUAAUGUUUGCACCAGGUACUUUGUGUGUAUGAUUUAAUGGUAUUGUAUUAGAUAGCAAUUAACAUUUUCAAGAGUAUACUAAUUUUUGGAGGGUGGUGUCUAUUUUUCCAUUAUUUGUCAUUAAAAAUGUAUCACUCAUUAACUACGACAUCAUAUAUAUCAGAACUUUUAGUAACUGAUGCUCUUUGUCUUGUGUUCCCUCUAAGUCUGACCAGAUUGCAAGCAAACUUGUGCAAGCAUUGUUCCUCCUGAAAGGUGUCCUAGUGAAAAUGAUGAACGUCAGAGGCCUUGCAGACCUGAAGAAGAAAAAACCCUCCAAGGGCCCGAGGGGGACAGACGUCGGCGUCCCAAAACCCGCCGGUGACUUCUUCAAAAAACCGGAGGGGCCGUCGGUGGGCCCAAGUACUGAUGCUGCUGCUGCCGCCAAAAGGAAGGGCUCGGGCAGAGAUCCCGAGGGCAAGAAGCCCAAGACCGGGGAUGCCAGGAAGAAAGUCCCCCCGGUGAUCAUUGUCGAUGAAGGCCCUGCCUCCGGGGCGAAUGAGGACAUGCAGGUGGCGAAAGUGCCGCCGGGAGUUCAGGGGCCAUCUUCCGAAGUCCUCAUGGUUUCCCUCCCGGCUGGUACGGCCGUGAUGAACGGUACGGCCGACCCGAGGGCGCUUCUGAGAGGCAUCACCCUCGAGAUUGACAGAGUAGCCCUCAGGGUUGAUGAAGACGAAGCCCUCGAGGACAGGAUCCUCCGGUCUUCCCUCACAACCUGCAUUGCCCUCGGGGAGCAAGCCCGGCGGCUAGAGGAGUGGCGCCUUCGCAAGGCCGAGCAGGAGGCCAAGAUGCGGGAGCUCAUCCGCCAGAAUGCAGACGCUGUUCGGCAGAUGGCUAUGCUGGAGGAGAGCCUUCGGCAGAUGACCCUGCGGGCGGAGGCCGCAGAUCGGGGUAGGGCAGAAGCCGAGAGGUCCGCAGCUGAGGCCUUGGAGAAAGUUGUCAAGGAAGCCGAGGCCGCGAAGGUGGAAGCCGUCGAGAGAGCCCGAGGGGACGCAAUCUCGGGGUUCUUGGCAGGGGGGGUGGCGGUCCGAGGAGCACAAGCAAUGGCUGUCCUCGGUCGUCGAGUCCUCGAUCGACGAGUGGUGUGAUGGGCCUGGCGUGGAGUGGGUUUCCCGAAAGGGUAAACAAUACUAUGAUGGGGGCGAGUUUUUCACUCAAGCCCUCAUCUACCGGAGGAUGGCUCGCCACUUGAAGAUCGAGCCAAAGGACUUUGACCCGGCAGCAUACGGGCUCCCCCCUGCAGCCAGACAUCCGCGUUCCUCUUCCCCCCGAUGUCGAGAGGCCAGACCUGGAGGACUCUGAGCUCAUGAAGGAAGCCGAGGGCGACGAACCUGAGGCCGACGCAGAAGUCACCUCGAAGCCAUCGGGGGAGGCGGCCCCCGGGAAUGACAUGAUUUGAUAUGUAUUUUGUAUCAUGUAAACAUGUAUUUGUAAUGAUGACAUUAUUCAUCCUUCGGUUUCGGCCUGCUUGUAAAUUUCACACUUACUUUGUUUUUGAUGAAUGCAUGCUGCCCCCGGGCUCUUUACAUUU